CUUCGGCGAGAGCGGAGAUCGCGUCACCGGCCCGUGCAACAGGAUGCAGUCUUGCAGCUGCAAGGCGCAGCUGCCGUGCAGCCCCUGGCAGCAGGGGGCCGCCGGAUGCUACAUGUACUGCUGCUGAGCGAUGGGGGGCCCACGGGUGGACGGGUCUGGUUGACCGAGGACGGGGCCCCUCGACCCGUAACGCGAGCGCACCAGCAGCGCCUCGGCGCGCCGCGAAGCCAAGUCUUUAACGGCCGGCGUCCGUGCCUGCCGCGCCAGGGGGCUCUUCGGGCACGGCACGCCGCGCGACGGUGCAGGCGGGGUGGCGGCGACUCCUCCGUGGCCAAUUCUGCCCACUGUCGAAUUCCUCGGCUCGACGAGGAAGAAUCAACAAGG